GAGUGUGUUGGUUCGACGUGACGUUUCGUUCGCGUACCUUUGCCUACGCCUUUGUCGUGCUUUACAUCGAGAACUUAAUGCGUCAUAUUCAGUUCUGAUUCAGCGAUCGUCGACUGUGCUCGCCGCUAUCGUUGCCACUCGCGUACACCGCUUGCUUUUCCUGGCGCCGUUAGCACAAAAAGUGUUCGGGGUCCUCCGUGUCCUCUGCCUGCAUGCCAGCUUCUCUCUGACGAUCCGACGUAUACACGUGCUGAAGCGUCUACGGUGAACCUUCGGUAAACCUUCGGUGAAACGCAAGACGAACUUCGAUGCUAGUCGACGGCAAAGGGACGGAGUACGGCGAGCCGUGUUCGCAAAAGUGGUGCAUAACCGCCGCCGCUACACGUGAAGAAGCGGGCAGGUGCGUUGCCGUCACGCGCGCGCCGAACGUCGGGUCGGCUGCUGGCCCGCACUGCGUUCUUCCGCCGCCGCUCGCCGCCACGGUAAAGGGGAGGCCCGGAAGAGUUGUCUCGCCAUUGCGUCCCACCCGACCCCCAUGGACGCCGUACGCCGACAACUGGGCUUGGAAGACAGCGUCAUCGGAGGCGACAUGGGCUCCGACCGGGGUCGCAGUGGCUCUGGCUUCCCGCUGGACAUGAACAUGUACGCAACGCGCAAGACCUUGGCACAGGGCAUGCUCGACCUGGCACUGCUGUCCUCCAACGCCUGCCAGCUGCGGCGCGUGCUGUCUGCGCCGCCGGGACAGCGAUACCACGGGACGUGCGUCGCCUUCCUCGCGCUCUCCGUCUCCUUCCAGCUGCUGGCGGGCCUCCUGCUGGUACUGCUUGGCCGAUGGAACAUCAACUGCCCUUGGGAGCAACGCAAGGCCGACCUGGUGAACAACGUGGUCGUGCUGCUCACAUUUCUCAUCAGCGUCGUCAACGUGCUGCUCUCGGCGUUCGCGCCGGACUCUCUGCUGGGUGACCACGGCUCGCACCAUCAGCAGCACACGACCGUGGAGUGGGCAGCGCCGCGCCAUUGACUGCGCAUGCAUGGCCGGGUGUAGACGACGUUAAUGUCGGCCCUUGGCGGCGGCUCUACGGGGCUGGGUCUGCUAAUCCGAGAACCUUCCGUUUCCCGCACAGUUGGCAAGUCAAAAGAAUGCUUUCAACAGACGUGUUGCGUGGUAACCACACGGCGCUUCAAAAAGCAGCACGCGUCGCGGAAUUGCGCCUACAAAUGAUUGUGCGGAUACCUCCGAGAAAACCCGGAACCCGGGACGUCCGGAACACAUACCUGUACUCGCAAAAAAAACUACACUAUGGCUGUGUUGCUUGACUCGCCGUAGACGGCAAAGCAGGCGGCUAAGUGGACAGCGGCCAUCUUAAGUCUUGUUCCAAUUCUCACGAUGACGUCAAAGUAUACAGCUACGCGAAGACAGCAUCGAAGUAAAAAAAAUGCUACUUUCCUGUCCAACCGAGAUGGCGGCUGCGCAGGACGCUUAAAGACGACAGGAAGGUUGUCUGCGCACAAGAAAGCGUAGCCAUGCUAUCCUACACUUUUAAUGUAAGCUACCUCGUGUUUUUCAUACGGUUAGGUUAGAU